AUGGCCGGGGCGUGCCGUGAGGCAGUUGGCAGCCCCCCGGACCCUGGCUCACAGCGGCCAGUCGCUGUCAGCAGCACCUCCCUGGCAUGCGUGCUGGAGCCAAGUCAGCUCCCUUCCCUGGACCUCAGUUCACUCUUCUACGAAGUGGGUGUGGCUCAGGCCUUCCUGCUGAUGUUGCCCCUCCCACUGCCCUCGGAGUCCUUCCCCUGCUCACCCAUCCGGCUCCAGGGCUGCACCUCUCUCCUGCCCACUCUUUCCCACCUGCCCGUGUACUGGGACCACCAGCUCAGCCUCACUUUCCCCAUCCGAAGGGGCGAUGCGAAGACAACCUCCCUGGGCUCUGGGAGAAGCGGUAGUAAAACACUGAGCCCUGAGCCCGGUUCCCUUGGAGAUAUGGAAGCCGGAGAGGAGGUUCAGGCUGUGGACGCAGGCCUCUCAGAGAGUGAGGCCACAGCACCCAAGCCCGCGGGAGAGCCCGAGCCCCUGAGCCCUGCUGGUGGAGCACCCCCGGAGACUGAGAACUUCAGGUCCCCACUGGGGCUGCCCCAGGCCCAGGGCCUUCUUCCUUGUACACCCCCUUCUGGCCGGGGCGGAUUACCCAGUAGACAAGAGGGCGAGGGCUCCGGGCUGGUCGACUUUGACCCCGGAGCCCAGGCCUCUUAUCAUCGGAUUUGGGAGCGGGGCUCCGCGGGGGUGGGGCGAGCCAAGAGGGAGCUGGAAAAACAGCCGGGGCUGUACCUGGCACAGGCCGCUGCCGCCCCCUACGCCCCCAAGAGGCCCCGAGGAAAUGGCGGGGCAGGAGCCGGAGACGCAGCCCGUCGAGGAGUCAUGCAGUACCUGGAGCGGGCCAGCAGCACCCAGGAACGCCGGGUGGUGGCCCAGCUGCAGACACGGCUGGGGCUUCAUGAGGGCCUGAGCGUCCCACGGCAGCAGUCGGGUGCUCAAGCUGCGUGCCCGUCCGAGAUCUCCAGCCCCGCUGCUCGCUGCCCAGAGAAGGUCCCAGUGCAGGGCUCGGGCCCGGGCGCUUCCCCAGGCAGCGUCCCUGCGUCCUACGCUGCCCUCCUCUCACCCCGCUCCCUCUCCACAGACGAGCUGGAGCUGGUGCUGCGGGAGGAUGGACGACGGUGCGUGCGUGCCCGGCACGGCCUCGCCGAGGGCUGUUCCUGGGGCCCGUUCCGUGGCAGUGUCCAGAGUGAAGCCUCGUCCCCCAGGCAGGUGCAACCGAGCCCGCCCCUGACCCUGCAGCUGGAGGACGAGGGCUGCUGGCUGAGGACGCUGCCCCAGGCCGCGACGGAGGUCGAAGCCAACUCAUUGAUUUACAGGAAGGAUGAGCAACUCUGGUGCAGGAUCACCAAGCCAGUGCCGGCAGGCGGGCUGCUGAGUGCGUGUCUCACGGCUGAGCUCCACAGUGUCCCCAGCCCACCCAGGAAGCGGGAGCUGGCAGAGGCCGAGGGCCAGGCCCCCCCAUACACAGACAUCCAGCUCCUGCCCCAGCAGGCCGGCAUGGCGUCCAUCCUGGCCACAGCAGUCAUCAACAAAGACAUCUUUCCCUGCAAGGACUGUGGCAUUUGGUACAGGAGCGAGCGGAACCUUCAGGCCCACCUGCUGUACUACUGCGCCAGCCGUCAGAGCGCGGGCUCUCCCGCCGCUGCCGCCGAGGACAAGCCCAAGGACACCUACCCCAACGAGCGCGUCUGCCCGUUCCCCCAGUGCCGCAAAAGCUGCCCCAGCGCCAGCUCGCUGGAGAUCCACCUGCGCAGCCACAGCGGAGAGCGUCCCUUCGUGUGUCUGAUUUGCCUGUCGGCCUUCACCACCAAAGCCAACUGUGAGCGGCACCUGAAGGUGCACACGGACACCCUGAACGGUGUGUGUCACAGCUGUGGCUUCAUCUCCACCACGAGGGACAUCCUCUACAGCCACCUGGUGACCAGCCACAUGAUCUGCCAGCCUGGCUCCAAGGGUGAGCUCUACUCCCCUGGGGCUGGGUUCCCGGCUGCCAAGCCCCCCGCAGACAGCCUGGCCAGCGGCUUCCCGCAGCACGCGGCCCUGCAGGGCGCCCUGGCUGCUGCAGAGAUGGAAAGAAAGCCCUUAGCCGAGGCCACAAACGGAGAGGCCUGGGCGGCCCCCCAGAACGGCGGCGGGCCCCUCGCCGUCCCCGGGAGCAUCAAGGUGGAGGUGGUGCAGGAGCCAGAAGCGGCGCAGACUGCAAGCCCCGCGCCCCGUGCCCCCUCGCGCACGCCAUCCCCACGCAGCCCCCAGGCAGUACGCGUCAAGGCCGAGCGCUCCAGCCCCUCGCCCGCCUGCAGCCCCGCGCCGGGAGAGCUGGGCACGCCGGCCGGACCUCUCUUCCUGCCGCAGUUCGUGUUCGGCGCGGACGCGGUCCCGCAGGCCUCGGAGAUCCUGGCCAAGAUGUCCGAGCUGGUGCACAACCGGCUCAAGCAGGGCCAGGGCGCGCCGGGCCUCUUCGCGGGGGCGUCGGCCCCGAAGGGCGCCACCUGCUUUCAGUGCGAGAUCACCUUCAACAACAUCAACAACUACUACGUGCACAAGCGCCUCUACUGCUCCGGACGCCACCUGGCGGAGGAUGCACCCGGCCCUGACGCCGUGCCGCCGCCGCUCCCCGCCCACUCGGAUAAGGGCGUGCAGACCCCGGGCAAGGGGCCGCCGGCGCCGGUCCCCAACGGCAACCCCAGGUACUGUCGCCUGUGCAACAUCCGGUUCAGCAGCCUGUCCACCUUCAUUGCCCACAAGAAGUACUACUGCUCCUCGCACGCCGCCGAGCACGUGAAAUGA